GAGUCGGGGGCACCCCCGAGCCGCCGCUCUCUGGCGAUUGUUACAACGUGGUGGGAGGCAGUGUGAUCCCCGAAGAACCCGCGCAUGGUCGGCCUCCUCCAUUAAUUCAUUACGACGAACAGUAGUGUUCACUGUCUGCUAUGCUCUGCAGGCGCUCCCCUAGAGGCACUUGAUACAGCGGUGCAGUGUAUGUUCUGGUGACAUACAAAUGGCUCAGCUAUACACUAGGGGUUCAUGUUAACCAAGCCAAACAGAUGCUGUAUGAUUACGUUGAAAGGAAGCGAAAGGAAAAUUCAGGAGCCCAACUGCACGUCACCUAUUUGGUGUCUGGUAGUCUCAUUCAAAAUGGUCAUUCUUGCCACAAGGUUGCAGUAGUGAGAGAAGAUAAAUUAGAAGCAGUGAAGUCCAAGCUAGCUGUGACUGCCAGCAUCCAUGUGUACAGCAUCCAGAAAGCCAUGCUAAAGGACAGUGGACCUCUGUUCAAUACUGACUAUGACAUCCUUAAAAGCAACUUGCAGAACUGCAGCAAGUUUAGUGCCAUACAAUGUGCAGCUGCAGUCCCUAGAACUCCUGCUGAAUCCUCAUUUUCCAAAAAGGUUGAGCAGUCAAAUCUUCAGGUAUCAAGUGAGGCACAAGCCAAUAAUGAGGUGACCACCAAUGGUCAUGGCCCAUCAGCCUCCAAGCAGGUUUCCCAGCAGCCAAAAGGUAUUAUGGGAAUGUUUGCCUCCAAAGCUGCUUCUAGAACUGAAGAUACCAACAAGGAAACCAAAAUAGAGGCUAAAGAAGUAACAAAUGCAUCUUCAGCAGGCAGCAAGGCACCAGGGAAAGGGAAUGUGAUGAGCAAUUUUUUUGGAAAAGCUGCUAUGAAUAAACUUAAAGUCAAUUUGGAUUCAGAACAAGCAGUAAAAGAAGAAAAAAUAGUGGAGCAACCUCCAGUGUCUGUCACUGAACCAAAGCUGGCAGCUCCUGCAGGCCCGAAGAAAUGUGGCAAAAAAGCAGAGCCUGUUAAGAUGCAGCAGAUGGGAAAAAAAAGGGGGAAGCGAGUAGAGAUAUCUGAUGAUGAGACAAAGGAAACUGAAAACAUGAAGAAAAAGAGGAGAAGAAUCAAACUUCCUGAGUCUGACAGCAGUGAAGAUGAAGUCUUCCCAGACUCUCCUGAGGCUUAUGAAGCUGAGUCACCGUCCCCACCUCCUCCUGCAUCUCCACUUCCUGAACCAGUGCCGAAGACUGAGCCUGAGCCUCUCCCGGUAAAGAACUCAAGUGGAGAAACCAAAAGAAAACGAAAGCGCGUACUGAAAUCUAAAACCUUUGUAGAUGAGGAAGGCUGUAUAGUGACUGAAAAAGUCUAUGAGAGUGAAUCCUGCACAGAUAGCGAAGAGGAGCUUAAGAUGAAGACAUCCUCUGUACACAGACCCCUUGCCAUGACUGUGAAAAGAGAACCCAAAGAAGAACGAAAGGGCCCCAAGAAAGGGACUUCUGCUAUGGGCAAAGCCAACAGACAAGUGUCCAUUACUGGCUUCUUAAGGAAAUAAACUGCCAUCUCUGGUCGGUCAGAGACUUGGAGUGGUCAAGGGAGAAGACCAAGAGGUAUAGACUCUCUCACUUACUGUGUAAGUUUAUCUUGCUUCUCACCUCACCUGUAUCAAAAGACUGUUCUUCCAUCCUGUGAGGUUUAUAAUAUUUCUAGUUUUUAACCAAAAGGAAAUCACCUGGAAUCAGGAGGCAAAAGAAUAUUUUAAAAUCUGUUACAUCCUAAUGACAUAGUUUAAGCACAAUCUUUCACCUGUCCAGGAGAAGAAUUCACUCCAGAAUUUAAAUCGGAACAGAUUUCAUAAUUAUCACCGAAGCCAUUUAGUGGCUAAUCCACUGUGCCCCACUCACCCUAUGCCCUGAUCCACUUAUGGCUUGGGAAGUAUUCCUUCUUGUUCCUCUGUAUUCUGUGAACUCGUGUGGGUGUUUUCUAUCCCUGGAUUUUAUUGGAUAUGUUUACCACUCCCCCUCUCCUCCUCUCCCCACUACCUCACUUCUAACCCCAUGAAACUGUUUUCUGUAAGUCUUUUAAAUCUUGGUUGGACUAAAGGCUGAAACAGAAAUCUCCCUACACUCUUCCUCCAUUACAUAGUACACUGACACCUGGCUACAGACCAGGACAUUGCUUGUGUCUGCCCCCUUUACAAAAGCUCUCUAGACCUUCACUCACAAUUAGUGGUUAGGAAACAGCCUCAGGCAGAGCACAAAUAGAAAUUUAAUGAUGUAUUCAACUCCACCAGAAAUUACUUAGAGUCCGCAUUAAUGAUAUUGAAGGAGUUGUGUUGCUGACACAGGGUGUGCUUUAUACUGCUCUUUGUGGUUUGUUCCCCCCUUCUCCCUUUCUGUACCCUGCAGUGAAACCCAUACGAUGAGAUGAAGACUACAAAGAGAAAUCCCUUUGUACAUACAGUGUGUGACAGUUACAUACAAUUUCUCCUUCUCAAGGAAAUGGAAUGUUCAGAAACAGCAAUUUUUCAGGAAGUUAGUGAGGAAGAUAAGGCACACAUUUAUACGCAGAUGUUGCUUCUCUGUGUUUUUAACCGCCCCUCAUUUGCCUAAAAGUACACGCCUGCCCCCCUCUCCCCACCCCCCGCGCCCCAAAAACAGAUGGAGAGACUGAGUUGUUAGGAGGUAUAAAUGGCUAAUAAAACAUUUUCAUUUUUAACUUAAGGAAAAUUAUCUAUUCCAAUGGUUAUUUUCAAGGAACUUCUAUUAUGACUGGACAGGCAGUGAGCUCAGUGGACUGAGGUGGUAUGGCAGUGAUCUUGCACAGUGAGCUCUUGGGAAGGGAACACAGGCUCGACUGCUGAUGUGACUCAUCCGUAACAGACGAGGGGUGUCUGACCUGCUCCUUCCUUCUCAGCCUGGUGUAUGUUGUAAGUGAUGCAAUCAGCCGUCUACUGUUUAAGGUUAGGAUUGUGACUGACCUUGGGAUUAACACAAGCUUCUUUAGCAACCAAGCAUAGACUUUAUUAAGACCAGAGGUUUGGGAGAUGGUCCUGGCAUUGUGUCUAGGACUUGAGAAAGCAGAAGCUUUAUAUAGCAAGCCGAAUAAAGGUUGACAUAUUCUAAAACACUUUCUUUUUAAAAUUAACAAGGAUAGAGAGCGGAUGGAAAGUCUGGACUUAAACCUUUACAAAAAACUUCUGGAGAGGAAUCCCUUUUAAAUGCUUAUUUUUGUCAGUGCCUCUAGUCAUUUUUCUAAAUAGGAAUGGAAAAUUAAAAAGAAAGCAACAAUCCAGUCUUUUUUUUUUUUUUUUUUUAAAUCAUUAUGAUGGGACCUCUAAUAAAACUGAAUUUGAAUUGGAAAAAUCUGGUUCUGGUUGGAGUUCCAUCUUUCAAGGGAUAACGCAAGUCCUGUGAUUUUCAUGCCCAAUAUGUUUCCUAAACUCUGAGCUGUGUGCAAGGCUUAGUAAGUAUUGAGUGGUGACUUUUGUUUUCUUAAUUACAGUACUCUA